AAAAUUUUGGGAAACCAUUCAAAAUUUUCAGCGAAUUACCUUCAAAAUCACAUGGAUCUUGCUCCUCACCGCGACCACUGUUUCAAGUUGCUCACGGAGCACAGGAGCCCUCCAGAAGCCGGGGAAAUAAUUUUACUGCUCAGCUCAAUUAGGUGUGCCAUCAAGUCAUUUUAUAAUGUAACUAGAAUUUCUGAUAUUUUUAAUGUCGAAAAUUUUGAUGACGAUGUUAAAGUUGUACUUGUUGAAUA